CUGAGGAUUAUUGAUAUGAGUGAUUCCAAAUGUCUAAGGGAAACCCCAAAUUUCAGUAGAAUACCAUACCUUGAAGAGUUGUUGCUUAAUAGAUGCAGAAAGCUAGUCCAGGUUCAUGAAUCUGUUGGACAAUUGAAGAAUCUCGUUAAGUUGAGUUUGGAAGAGUGUAAAAGACUUAAAAGUCUUCCCACUAGAUUGGAAACGGAUAAUCUACAAGAGUUCAUUCUUAUGGGAUGUUUCAAACUAAAGAAGCUCCCUGAGUUUAGUGAAAAUAUGGGAAGUCUAUACUUUUUUGAUGUGAAGGGCACCGAUAUCACCGAAAUUCCUCAGUCCAUAGUUCAUUUGAAAAGUCUCAAAUACUUAGACUUGACAUAUUGCAGCAGACUGAAGUCAAUGCCGGAGCUUCCUCCAAAUGUAAUUAUAUCUGCAAGCAAUUGUCACUUGUUGGAACCCACAUCUGCUCUACGACAUCUCUAUCCAUCUUGUUCGCCGGAGGGUCCGAUUCACGUUUUCUAUGACUUCCCACUGUGGACAAGAAUCCCGACAUGGUUUGAACGGUGGGAAUAUUGUUGGGGUAAGGAUCCCUCGGGUGAAUUUGUGACCAUAACAGCAGACAUACCUUCCAACGUUGUUGCAGAUUCUAAUGAAGAUCGCUGGGGAAUUGCUGUAUGCAUUGUUUUCCAAUUCUUAUCUCAAGCAUGGCUAGGUUUCUCCGUAGAUUGGAAGUUCGAGGACUGCCAUCGCAAGAAAACCAAAAUACAUGGUACUCCGCCUUAUUAUGUGCAUGAUUGUCGAGUCUACGUAGGAUUUUAUCCUUUCGACGCAAAAGACUGUCGACAACAUCCAAGGGGAAGAGGCUGCCAACUUGAUUUGGCACUCGAGUUUCCAGCAACCAACAUCAUUAAUGGUCUCCAUGAUUUGAAAAUAAUGGGAUGUGGGUGGCGUCUGGCAUGUAAGAAGGAUUUUGAUGAAUGGAGUGAAAGCAGAGCGCCAUCACCUCCGAGACUUGGCUUCCUUAAUAGGGACAGGGGAGAAAGUAGCAAUAUAGCAUUACAGAAAGAAAUUAAAGGGAAAAGGAAAAUAUCAUGA